CUAUUGGCAAAAAUGCAUCUGAACAGUAUAGUGAAGAUGAAGAAGAUGAUGAUAAUUAUGAUGAUGAUGAUGAUGACAAUGAUGAUGAUGAAGAGGAAGAUGAUGAUUCUGAAAUGAAUGAUGACUAUUCUGAUGCUAUGAUUCAUUAGCUACAUGUAUUCUUAUCAGACUUUGUGUUCAUUUUCAUUUUUUACUAAUAGUUAUUUAAAUGGAGAUGUGUACAGAAGAGUUUGCUAACAAGAUUGUACAGUUGUGCAUAUCAAAAUAUAACAGCUUAAAGAAAACAGGAAAACCAAAGAAUGAAGCUGAAUGGACUCUGCUGUCAUGCUUUGUUCAAGAAAAGCAGUGCAGUCAUAAACUAAAAGUUGUUGCUCUUGGAACUGGAUCAAAAUGUAUUGGUUCCCACCAGCUGCCUUCCACUGGGGAUGUCCUUCAUGACAGUCAUGCAGAAGUUGUUGCUCGAAGAGCAUUUGUGUUGUAUCUUAUUACUCAAGUGAGAAAGGCAACUGAGGGACACAAUAGUAUAUUUGAAAUAAAAGAUGGAGCAUAUUAUUUGAAAUCUGGCAUACUGUUUCAUUUCUACACAAGUCAUACACCUUGUGGUGAUGCUUCAAUAUUCUUGAAGCAGGAAUGGCUAGAGUGUGUUGGUAAUAUUCUAGAGACUAAAGAAGGACCAACUACAAGCCUGUCAAGUCUUAUAGGAGAUUCAGAUCUAGAGCCCCCAAUUAAGAAAAGAAGAUGCCAAGGCAGUUCUGAUUUUGAAGAUCAAAUUGCCUUGCAGGACACUAAAAAUGCCCAUGUAAAAUUUGAUAACAUGAGAAAGAUGGAUGACCUAGAAAAAGAGAAAAAUAUAACAGAAUGCAUAGAUGAAGUGAGUGAGGUUUUAUCUGACACUUUCCGUACUGGAGCAAAAUGUGUCGCUGGGGAGGCACCAGAUCCAAAGCUUCCAGGCAGUAAAUAUCAUGUAACAGGAGUCCUGCGCACUAAACCUGGCCGUGGUGAUCCCACACUUUCUCUUUCUUGCAGUGAUAAGAUCUUUAGGUGGACCAUUCUUGGAGUGCAAGGAGCUCUACUCAUGAUCUUACUUAAAAAGCCAGUGUAUAUAACCACAAUUGUUAUUGGACAGUGUCCCUACAGCCAAGAAGCCAUGAAGCGAGCCAUUUAUGGUAGGUUUGAGGAUGGUUUAAACAAUCUUAAUCUACCAGAAGAAUUUUCUGUACAAACACCAGUGUUAGUACAGUCAAGUAUCGACUUCGCUCAUUCUCGAAUUAACAUUGCUAAAACUUCCUCAGAAGGAAGUAAGUUAAUGCCAACACCCACAAGUAUAAUCUGGAGUGAUACUAUUGUGCACAAAGAAAGUCAAGAAGUUGCAACAAAUGGGCGUAGGCUAGGCUGUACAAAAAAGAAUAUAGGGACGCCAAAGAGUUGGGUUAGUAUAUGUCGUAAAGCAAUAUCUUGUGUGAUGCUUGAUCUUUUGAAAGACACAAAGUGGCAGCCAAUAGAUUUUAAUGAACUCACAUAUAAUGACUUGAAAUAUUAUUCAAAGUCAUAUAAUCAGGCUUGGAAUAUUUUAAAAUCCAAAUGUUUAUCAAACUGGACAGUUAAACCUAAACACGUUAAAGAUUUUAAGGUGAAGUAACUGUAUACCUCAGAACAUUCAGAGAAUACAGUUUUCUGAAGAAUGCCUUAAUCUUAGAUACUUGUAAGUUGAUGUAUGAUGGUUUUUAAAUAAGUUGAUGUAUGAUGGUUUUUAAAUAGAGACUAAGAAGUUCAUGGAAUUUAUGCCACCUGCAAAAAGUUUCAGAAAGAGAAUUUUGAACAGCUCUAUUAUCAAAAUGUAGGCAAUAUACCAUCACUGAAUUUGUAUAUUGCCUCUUAGACAAACUCAAGAAAUGAAGAGGCAGAGAGCAUAUUUGGCCAUGAAAUUAAAAUAAGGUUAACAUAUUAUGGUUAAGUGAAAAUAAAGAUAGUAACUAACAGUAACAAAUUAGCAACUCAUGUAAAAAGAUAUAGAAAAUAUGCAUGGGACGUGAUGACAAAGACAAGCAGCCAUGGCAAAGACUCAUGAUGAAGGCUACCUUUUUGUAGAGGAUAGUGAUGUUUUUAUGAAGAAGACUCGUACCUUAAAUCCCAUCUUAAUUACUGUGUCUACACCAAUGAAACUCAUGCAUGACCAAAUACACAAUCUCUACAUAAACAGCAGUGAUCAAGAUGUGAAGCUGCCAAUUAUUGAAUCAUGGAUGGCUACAUAAUUAAAAUACAUAAUAAAAUACAAAUAUUGGAGUGGCCAAAGAAAAUAAUUGAUGAAAAGAAGGCAGAAGCUCCAAAUUCUGGACACCUGGGUAUUACAACUAGAAAAAAAUCACUCAAAUUAAAUUGCAUGACCCAAAAAGGAAAAUGCAAUAUGAAAACUAUGCAACUGAUUGUUAUGUAAAUUUGAUAAAUGAUUCUUCACUUCAUGAGGUUUUGAACUAAGGAUAAUUUUGCAUUAUAUGUUUCACUAAAUCAUAAGUCAUAUACUAUGUUUCUUAACUGUUUUAAGCUGAAUAAAAGUAAAAGAUUAUUA